UGGAAUGCUUCUUGUCAAACUCUCGCUCUGCGCGUCAUAGAAACACACCGAACCCAAAUUCAUAUUUAUAUACCAUCAGUUUUAAGCCCUAAUCAAUAAUCAUAUUCCAAUCAAAAACUCUCUAUACUCCCCUACGAUUUACUUCUACAGAUCCAUCAAUCCAGCACAAUAAUCUCAAGUACACUGUUUUAAAAUUUCACUUGGCGUGAUUUGAUCCGAAUAAUAAUAAAAAAGUAAUAAAUCAAUUGUUGAAUAUAUUUGUGUUUGUGUAUAAUAAAAAAAAAAUAAAGAGAUGUAUCCAGGAAUGAUGAUGGAUCCUGAGAUGAUGAGACUUGCUCAGGAGCAGAUGAGUCGCAUGUCUCCUGCUGAUUUGGCCAGGAUUCAACAACAGAUGAUGUCCAAUCCUGAUUUGAUAAGAAUGGCCACAGAUAGUAUGAAACAUAUGAAACCUGAGGACUUGAGGCAUGCUGCAGAACAGUUGAAGUCUACUCGACCAGACGAGAUGGCACAAAUUGGUGAGAAGAUGGCCAAUGCAACGCCAGAGGAGCUAGCUGCCAUGCGUUCCCGAGUAGAUGCACAAAUAAGCUAUGAAUUGAAUGCUGCCCAGAUGCUGAAAAAGCAGGGGAAUGAAUUUCACAGUCAGGGAAAGUUUAAUGACGCAUUAGAGAAGUAUAUGCGAGCAAAAAAUAAUCUGAAAAACGUUCCAGCAUCUAAAGGCGCUGCUCUCCUCCUUGCGUGCUCUCUUAAUUUGAUGUCAUGCUACUUGAAAACAAGUCAGUAUGAUGAGUGCAUAAAAGAAGGUACCGAGAUAUUGGCAAAUGAUGCAAGAAAUGUCAAAGCUCUUUAUAGGAGAGGUCAAGCAUAUAAAAAUUCAGGACAACUACAGAAAGCAGUGUCUGACUUGUCUAAAGCACUUGAACUUUCUCCCGAUGAUGAAACUAUUGCAGAAGUUUUAAGGGAUGCCAAGGAUAAAUUAAGUGAGCAAGGUGAUGAGGAUACACCAGGAGGCAUAAGAAUAGAGGAAAUAACAGAUGAACUUCCAACUCUGUUCUCUGAAAAGGAUCAAGCUUCAUCAUCAGAAUCUCCGGAACAGAAGAGGGAUGUUAGUAAACAAGUGAGGAACACUAGUGGUGUUCUCAAUGAUGACAAAGAAUCAAUCAGAUCUUUCCAGAACUUCAUGUCUCAAGCAGAUCCAGAAACCAUGUCAUCUAUGGGUGGUGGAAAGUUUGCAAGCUUAUCACCUGAUAUGGUGAAGACCGCCUCCAACAUGAUUAGUAAGAUGCCACCUGAGGAAUUCCAAAAAAUGGUCCAGAUGGCAAGCUCCUUCCAGGGGGAGAAUCCAUCAUUUACGAAUGAGACCGGCAUGCCAAAUCUUACACCUGACAUGCUUAAAACAGCAAAUGAUAUGAUGAGUAAGAUGCCAGCAGAAGAGCUCCAAAAGAUGUUUGAAAUGGCAUCAUCUUUGAAUGGGAAUGGUGUACAAUCAAAUAGAAUUAAUAAUAAUAAUUCAGAUGGUCAAGAAAAUCAGAGAAGCUCAAUUAGUAAUGGAAAUAGUGGUGAGAGUGGUCCUUCUGAGGCUUUUUCAAAUUCAAGAAGUGCACCUCAGCCGAGCUUUUCUAGUUCUAGCUCCAGCUCGGAUCUUCGAAGCCAGUUGAAGAAUCCAGCCAUGCGUGAGAUGAUGUCAUCAAUGAUGAAAAAUAUGAGCCCUGACAUGAUGGCAAACAUGAGUCAGCAAUUUGGAGUUAAACUUUCUCGGGAGGACGCAGAAAGAGCUCAACAAGCCAUGUCAUCUUUGUCACCAGAGAACCUGGAUAGAAUGAUGAAGUGGGCAGAUCGAAUACAAAGAGCUGGUGAAAGCGCCGUGAAAACAAAAAAUUGGCUUCUGGGAAGGCAAGGGUUGAUUAUGGCACUAUGUAUGCUUGCUUUUGCAGUCUUCCUCCAUUGGUUGGGCUACAUUGGCAGAUAAAUGCAACCAAUUUGCUGACAAGACCAAUCAGUAAACUUGUAACUGGAAAUAUGUAACGUUUUGAGCUAAUCGGGCAGGAACUACAAUGCAGAAUGCACAUACAGGCGCACGAGAUAGAUUGUAGAAUAUGUUUGUGUUUUUAUGUUGAAAGUUGUAAUACCCUGAAUCUCUUUUUGCAAUUUCAUUUUUUCAUUAUGGUUCGAAUAAGUUAUAAGUGGCUAAGAAAGCAUUCGUGGUCAAUACACUAAAUUAUUCAAAGUUGCUAAGAUUGCACCCGUGGUCAAUACACAAAUAUUCUAAGUUGCUAAGAA